CUUGUGUGACCGACACUGCAGCCCGGUUCAUUUCAUUAUACAAUUUCCUUUACUUUCCUAAGUAAAUGUUUAUUUAGACUAGAAUACAAAGUGCUAAUUACAAACUCUUAGCUCUAAACUCCCCUCUCAAUGGAAGACAUCAACGGCGAUAUCAUUUUCUGUUCCAGCCAAUGGAGGAAGCUGUGGCAGUUUGUUUCGGGCAUACAUUACGGCACACCAAACGCGGAUGUUAAGGAGAAGCUGUUCCAGGUGUCGAAGGAGCUGGUCGACGGAAUACUGCACUACAAAAAGCCUACCAAAGCCUCGGAGGAAAAGCUGCAGAAGCUGAUCAAAGACAGGAACCAGCUGAAGCUGCAACCGUUCGCCAACAAACUGCACCAAUAUUUGGACAUAGAUGCGGUACAAUCAUGGCAAAUAUUGUGCUACUAUCUGGUGAACGAGUACCGCGGUGCGGCAACGGCACUGGCGGAGUACAUUUCCACCGAAACGUCGAUGGUGAAGCUGCUGCACGACAUUUGGACGUACCACACGCUGGAGCGCAUGGUGCAGCUGAAGGUGAUGAAGAAUCUAUUGGAAUACUUCCACUCCGGCACCCAUCCGUACUCGAAGGAGUACCGCGAGGUGGUGGAAAAGAUGGGCCUUCAGGCUUUGCGCAAAUCCUAUCUCGCCCAGCUAACGCACCUGAUAGCGGAUCCGCCCAGCUCGCAGAAAGCGCCGCUCGCGGGCGAUCUGCUGCACGGCCAAACGAGGGUCGCCUGUGCCGAACGGCGGCUGAGAGAAACGAACGAAAUCCUGCAGAUCCUGCUGCUGAUCGUACACUACAGCGGCAUCAGCCCGGAGGAGCUGGACCAACUGUUCAAGCUGUUCCGCGAGCAUUCGUUCGGCAAGCAGCAGGAGCACCUGGACCCGGGGUCGGAAAUCCAUGCCGAGCUGGUGAAGCGCAUCACGUACAAUGAGCUUGCGCUGGUUUUCCGCACGCUCGAUCUUUCCGACAAGUUUGACGACGCGGGCUGGAUCGAGCGGGUGGUGGCCGCGCUCGACGGACCGAUGGUGUCGCUGCAUCAAUUUCCCGAGCACGGGCCACUGUUGCUCGUGUGGAUGCUGUUCAACUUUCGCCUGCAGCACACCGUCGAGGACGAGGACACGACGAGACGCUACCAGCAGCUGGGAUCGCGCGCCAUCAAGCUCGGCGUGUUUGAGUAUCUGCACGCGAUCGUAUCGCAUCCGAUGUUUAAGGACCAGAGCCUGACGGCCAGGAUCGUACGAAAGUCCAUCUUUAACCACCUGGGAUUUCUGUGCCAACUGUUCGAUGCAGACGAAUCGAUCGCCCAUCACAGCAACAUUUACGAUCUGCUGAGUGAGCUGCUCACCUCGCCAACAAUUGCAACAGAGUUUUGCAAAAUCGAGGAUCACCCGAUACGGGCACUGUUCAACAUCUGUUUGGAGCACUUUCCGGUCGAGUUUACACCGUUGUCGAAGGUGGCGUACGCGCUCGCAUCGGCCGGCUCGUCGCAGAACAAAUACAUACAGGAGCUGGUGGAAAAUCUGCCCGUCUAUACGGAGCUGUACACCGGGCAGAACCAGUACGAGAUACGGAAAGCCGCCAGCUCGAACGAGGACGAGUUCAUCCUGUGCCACGAUUACACCCCAUCGAGCAAGAUUAAUUUCACCAUCCCGCGCGGUACGAAGCUGAUCGUGCGGGACCUGCACAACCAGCGGACGUACGUGCACUUUAGCACAGGCUACAAUUACUUUAACGCACUGCACCACGAGAUAAACGAACUGCUCGAGGACGCGCAAGCGACCAGCACGCUGAACUCGGAGCGGGUGCAGCGGAUUGCGACCGGGUUGAAGUACCUGGCCGUGGCCGUCCGACGCAUACAGCAACCGCACGACAUCACCGCGGAAAUGGUACACCCGACGGAGAUGGUGUUCGAUGUGCUGCUCAAGUUCCGAGCCGUCCCGAACCCGCCGGUCGAUUUGCUGGUACAGUGCCUGAACGUGUGCACCGCGCUGGUGCCGCUGUUCGAGCAGGAAAUAUACACGCGCAUCAUCAAUCUCAACAUUCUGCCUUCGGUGAACAACGCGAAUCUAACGUACCAGGACUACGCCAACGGUGUGGGGUACGAUUCGAGCCUUAUCGGGUACUAUCUGAUGAACGUGGAGCGGAACGCUGGUCGCUAUCCGAUCCUGAUGGCGUACUUUAACUUCCUCAAAACCUACACCAAACUUGGGCGCGACAACGUGUUCGGCGUGGAGCUACCGGGCGCCAUAUUUCUACUGCGCGAGGUGCUGCCGUACGCCAACAACUGGCGUUUCGAAACGAGCUCCGACCGGUACCGGGUGCUGGUGUUCGUCGUCCAGUACAUCUACGAAAUUCUGCAGCUGAGCGAAGACAAGCUCGAGAGCGAUUAUGCGCGCCGCGUGCUGCGGGACGCUUGCGUGUACAGCCUGCUGAACCGUGACAACGGCAUGGUGCUGCUCAAAAUCGUCGGUCUCGGCAACGGCUACCUGCAGGCGGUGAUGGAGCGCGAAUCGAACUGGAUGCUCGUGCCGGAGCAGCAGCUAAACCUGAUGAUCCAGCAUUCGAUGACGAUACUGAUGCAGAUAUUGCGUCUGAAGCGGCACAUCCACGAGUACGACCUGUCCCCGCUGGAAUCGGCGAUCUACACGCAGCCAAAGCAGCGCGACACGCUGCGCAUCAUCCCGAUGGUGACGGGGUACAUGAGCAACAUCUUCAAUCCCCGGCUGCCUAUUCUGUCCUGCCGCCUGUUGCGCCGGUUUGCGAUCGAGUUUCGCAUGUCGCUGCUGGCGUGUUUGGACAUGGAACCGGACCAGAUCCGGCACACGUUCCUCGAGCGGCUGCACGAUGAAAUUGAGAGCGACGAUCUGAAGCUGGCCGUGCUGGAGUUUGUCGAAUCGUGCGUACACAAGCAGCCCGGAUUGACGGAAGCGUUCUUCAAGGUGAACUACGGCAAGCCCGAUCGUCGGUUGCUGCUGGCAAAGGAUGGUGCGGCGGCCUCGGGCAGCAGUGGCAAGGGCCGCCCGAAAACGAUGAUUAACGACGGCAUACCGACGUACAUGGAGGAGUUUCUCGAGGCCAUUUCGAACGAUCCGGCCAAACUGGCCAGCCCGCUGCUGUCGCGCAUUAUGUCGCUGUUUCACGCGCUGUGGAAGAACAACAUGCAGGCGCUGGUGAAGGGUUUGCUGCAGAAGCCAAACUUUUGGUCCUCGCUGUGCAAUCCGCUGUUUAGCGAGCAGACCUCGAGCAAUGUGCGCUCGUACAGUCAGCUGUUCAACAUACUCGGCAUUGAACUGUUUCGCGUCAGCUCGGCUACCGGCCUCAAGAUGGGCCCGGAGCUGACGAAGGUGUUCGAACGCUUCACCCAAACGUUCGGCAUCUUCAAGCGGUGGGUUGAUAUUGUGCUUGAGCUGCCGCACGCUGACACCCACCGGCAGACGGCAGAUGGAAGCGAAGGCAAUGUGAGCGUCGGUUCCGGCGGAGGAGGUGGCGGCCGUACUGAUAAUGCCAAUGAUCCUACGCCCGACUGGCUAGGACGGUUGCAAUCGUUCAAGGAUUUGAUCGUGCUGAUCGUACGCAAAAAAGAGCCCGGCAUUUCGCUGCCCGAUCGAUGCAAAACGUACCUAGCGGAGCGGUUGCUGGCGGUGCUGGUCGAACGGGUGGAGCAACUGCAGGAUUUGCGCCCACUGAUCGUACUGUCGGAGCUGUACCUGAUCGUGCUGUCCGAUUUCGAUCACAAGUUUACCGAGGACGCGACCAAGGACGACCAGAUGCUGGGGCAGAUCGAAACGCUGCUCAGUCUGCUGGCCAUUUCGUACGCCGAUAUACACCAGCGGGCCAAGGAGGCGUUGCUGGCGAUCGGCAUUAAGACGGUCGAACUGCAGGCCGACUGUUUGCUGCAGAACUACACGCUCGCGGCGGAGAUAACGCGCGCGGCAGUGGACAUUGCCGGGGAGGAGAUACACGCGCUCGAGCUUGCCAUUCAGGCGCACGGGCUGAAGGCCAAAACGGUGAGCGACGCGAUCGAGGGCAAGCAGUACAAUUCGCUACUGCUAGCGAUCAAUCUGCUGAAGCAGCUGACGAUAAGCUUCGAUCAGCCGGAGGCUGGUUCCGCGACGGCGCAAGCCAGCGCCCGGUGGGUUAGUUGGCUGGUGAAGGGAAAGCUGUUCCAACGUUUGCUCAGCAUCACCGGCACGGUGCUGCCCGAGUACGGUCGCAGAAAGCUGGUUACGGAGCUGCUGAACUUGCUGAUUCUGCUUGCCGAAAGUCGCUGCUCGGAGGAGCUGCUGUACAGCGACGUGGGAGACUACCUAUGGUUGAAGCUGUUGCCGCCGAAAGAGUUGCUCCAGCGUCCGUACGUGAUGGCGAAUGAAACGCAGCAGCAAUGGCAAACGCAGGAUUGGUGGCCAAUCUACUCGAAGGGCAUACACCUGGUGCGGGCGCUGCUCAGUAAGCAUGGCUAUCGAUUUUUGCGCGAUGCUAUCUUUUUCGUCGGCAUCCACGAGGAAUAUCUCAUGGAUUCGCUAAUGCUCGCGAAGCAAUCGCUCGAACCGAGCGCCUUUGUGCUGAUUCUCGAAACGCUCCAGCUGCUGUGCACGAUGGUUCCGUUCGAAAAGGAAUGGCGGCUAGAGCACAGCCAAAGUUUGCUCAAUCUUAUGCGCUGCACUCAGUUCCUCAUGGAUCAUUCCAUCUCGCUGCUGUACAGACCGAAAAUAUUGAAGCGACUCACAACGGGGACGGCUGACGCGGUUGGGUUCAUCGUGUCCGAGCUGGAGAUGGAUCCGAGCACGAUCGACACUUCGGACGAGCUGGUCGGUGCGAUGAACAACCUGAUCGAGAUCAUCACACUGUGCGCCAAGUGUUUGCUUUGCUUCAGCCCCCCGCUGCUCUCCCUGCUGUGCGAUGUAGAGUUCAUUCCCAGCCAGUGGUGCCCGCUGAUAGAGAUCCAGUUCGGUGCGCCCAAGCUGAGCAAUGAUAACUAUUCCCAGCUAAGCUUUGGCUCGCUGCUGCAAGCGGUUUGCAUUUUUACAAAGGUUCUGAACUUGCAACACUACAGCUUCCACGAAACACCGCUCAACGAAUUGCCGGCUCAGGAGGGUACGGAGCAGGAUGACACGAGCGACGGUUCACUCACGAUGGGACUGCUCUCGCGUGGUAAUCGAUCCGCCCUUGGGGAAUCACCAUCGCCAGCCGGCUCUCCAUCGGACGGGUCUCGUCUUGGCAAGAGGGUGCAGUUUGCAAAAACGCUCUCCAUGACCAGCGUGUCCAGCUACACCUCCACCAAUGCAAUCACGCUAUCGAACGAGCUGCUGACGCACCUGGACACGAAACGGUGUGUCUGUGGACUCGAAUACGUGUUAACACUGCUAACGUCCCAGAGUUUGUUCGCGUUGAAAGAUACGAACCUUUCCCAGCGGGAGAAGCAGCUCAUCAAGCGGGAGCUUAGCACGGAACUACUGAUCUUUCACGAUUUUGUGAAGAAACGCAUCCUGAAGGAUGCGAAAUGCAUUCUCUCGCGCAAGAAGCACGGCGUGGUGCCAAUCAUAAAUGAUCCUUACGCUGCAGCGCCCGAUCACGAUACCGAUAACGACGAUGAAGCCGGUCGUACUACGAGUGGUGGUAAAUCCACAAGCGAUCGAUCGAAAUCGUCCACAGCACAGCAGUCGAAAAAACAGUCCUCUGCCAGUGCACAACAUUCGAUGCGCAUUAAUGUGGUUCGCAAAAUGCAUCUACAGCACCAGCAGCACCAAGGCACGGAACAGCAGAGUGUCAGUAGCAGCAGCGCCGGAAAUGUUUUAAGCCCGAUCGCUGGCACCAGCGGUAGUCAGGAUGUGGUGGGACGUAGCUCAUCUACGCCGGUUCUUCGGGGGAUCCUAAAACCAUCGCCAUCCGCUUCGAUAAAGCGGGUCAUGUUUGAUGAUGGGCUGAACGAAUCCGCCAAAAGCAUGGCCUACGUAGAGCCGGAAGAUGAACCGAUAUUUUACGAACCACAGGAGCCUCGUUUUACCGGCUUGUCGCACGUGCAGAUGGUGGAGGAAGACUACAUUCAUCUGCUCUCGAACGUGUUGCUAAUGAUUGGCCAAAGUGAGAACUGAAGGAAAGGACGACACUGUACGCUUUACGUAAGUCUAUUGCUAUAUGUUGCUAUAUCUUAUUUUGAAUAAAUUUACGAAAAAAAAUCAAGCCCAAAUUCAUGCAAAAGCUUAUACAAAGUAGUGAGAUCACAUGUUUGUUUGGCAAUGGAAUAUUGAAAUUUACUAUCUAAAUAAGAGACUAUUCCCGUGUUAUGCUUCAUCAUAUUUUAAAAUAUAUUUAAAGCCUUUUCUAAUCGGUUCAAUUCAUAAUUUUAAACGCUAUUGUUGG